AGGAGAGUGACAGUAAUGUGGUUUCCAGUUGUCCUGAUGGCAGGAAGCAGAGAGUGAUGGUGGGAGCUGUUUAUUGGGCUCGAGGCCUGGGCCUAGUGAUGUUCCCCAGGGUUACACCUAUUGCUACUUGUCAUCUGUGUCAGUAAUUUGGUUGAGAAUGUGCAGGGUUUGGUUAGUAAGUUUCCAGCAUGUUUCCCCUCAUCCUCCUUCUCUCCAGAGAGUAAAGUCCUAACUCCCUUAAUCGCUGAUCAUAAUGCACACUCUCUAAACCAGGCAGCAUCUGGUAAACCUGGUAAAUCUCCUCUGUACCCUUUCCAAAGCUUCCACAUCCUUCCUAUAGUGAGGUGUCUAGAACUGGACACAGUUCUCCAAGUGUGACCUAACCAGAGUUUUAUAGCUGCAUCGUUACCUCGUGACUCUUAAACUCUAUGAAAGCUAACACCCCAUAAGCUUUCUUAACUACCCUAUCUACCUGUGAGGAAACUUUCAGGGAUCUGUGGACAUGUACCCCCAGAUCCCUCUGCUCCUCCACACUCCCAAGUAUUCUGCCAUUUACUUUUUACUCUGCCUUGGAAUUUGUCCUUCCAAAGUGUACCACCUCACACUUCUCUGGGCUGAACUCCAUCUGCUACUUCUCAGCCCACUUCUGCAUCCUAUCAAUGUCUCUCUAUCUUAGACAAACCUCUACACUAUCCACAACACCACCAACCUUUGUUGGCAAACAUGCCAACCCACCCUUCUACCACUACAUUCAGGUCAUUAGUAAAAAUCAUGAAACAUAGAGGUCCCAGAACCAAUCCUUGUGGGACCACACAAUUCAGAACCCUCCAAUCCGAAUGUACUUUCUGCAGGCCACCGAAUUCUGAAUCCACCUGGCCAAACUUCCCUGGAUCCCAUGCCUUCUGACUUUCUGAAUAAACCUACUGUGUGGAAACUUGUCAAAUCCCUUACUAAAAUCCAUGUAGAUUACAUCCACUGCACUACCCUCAAGAACUCUAUCAGGCUUGUUAGACAUGAUCAGCCUUUCACAAAGCCAUGCUCUCUGUCCUUGAUCAGACCAUGAUUCUCUAAAUGCCCAUAGAUUCUGUCUCUAAGAAUCUUUUCCAACAGCUUUCCCACCACAGAUGUAAGGCUCACUGGUCUAUAAUUACCCAGACUAUCCCUAUUACCUUUUUUGAACAAGGGGACAACAUUCACCUCCCUCCAAUCCUCCGGUACCAUUCCCGUGGACAACGAGGACAUAAAGAUCCUAACCAGAAGCUCAGCAAUCUCUUUCUUCACCUCGUGGAGCAGCUGGGGAAUAUUCUUUCAGGUCCCGGGGAGUUAUCCAUCCUAAUGUAUCUUAACAAUUCCAACACCUCUUCUGCCUUAAUAUCAACAUGCUCCAGAACAUCAAACUCACUCAUAUUGUCCUCACCGUCAUCAAGUUCCCUCUCAUUGGUGAAUACCGAAGAGAAGUAUUCAUUGAGGACCUCGCUCACAUCCACAGCCAUGGUUAAAAAUGACAAGGAAUUUGUCUACGGGAAUCUCGAACACGACACACCGAUUUUGCUGUCUUUAUCCAGAUAUUUAAGAAGUGGAGCAAGGGAUUCACAUGGUCAUCUGACCAACUGGCAUGCCCGUCAGUUUACACAGGGAAGAGGCCGUUCAUCUGUCCAGACAGUAGGAAUAGAUUCACUCGGUCAUUUCAACUGAAGGCACUUCAGAAAGUUCACACUGGGACAAGGCCAUUCAUCUAUUCUGUGUUUGAGAAGGGAUUCAGUGGGUCUUCCCACCUGUGGACACACCAGUCAGUUCACAUUGGGCAGAGUCUGGUCAUCUGCUGAAUUUGUGGGGAAGGAUUCACUCUGUCAUCUGACCUAAUGGCUCACCAGCGAGUUCACACUGGGGAAAGACCGUUCACCUGCUCGGACUGUGGAAAGGGAUUCACUUUUUCAUCUAAGCUGAAGAUACAUCAGCGAGUUCACACUGGGGAAAGGCCGUUCACCUGCUCAGUUUGUGGUAAAGGAUUCACUCAGUCAUCCCACCUGCAAGCACACUGGUCAGUUCACACUGGAGAGAGGCCGUUCACCUGUUCAGACUGUGGGAAAGGAUUCACGUGGUCAUCUGACCUAAUGGCACACCAACGAAUUCACACUGGGGAGAGGCCUUUCACGUGCUCGGUGUGUGCGAAGGGAUUCACUUGCUCAUCCCAACUGAAGGUACAUCAGAGAGUUCACACUGGAGAGAGGCCGUUUACCUGCUCCAACUGUGAGAAGGGAUUCACUCGGUCAUCUGACCUAAUGGCACACCAGCGAGUUCAUACUGGCGAGCGGCCGUUCACCUGCUCGAAUUGUGGAAAGGGAUUCAUUUGCUCAUCUCACCUGAAGGUACAUCAGCGAGUUCACACUGGAGAGAGGCCAUUCAUCUGCUCGGACUGUGGGAAGGGAUUCACUCAGGCAUCUGAUCUACUGAAACACCAGUCAGUUCACACCGGAGAGCGACCAUUCAUCUGCUCAGAAUGUGGGAAGGGAUUCACUCGGUCAUCUCACCUGAAGCUACAUCAGAGAGUUCACACUGGAGAGUGGCCGUUCUCCUGCUCGGACUGUGGAAAGGGAUUCAGUUGGUCAUCUGAACUGAAGGUACAUCAGCGAGUUCACACUGGAGAGAGGCCAUUCACCUGCUCAGACUGUGGGAAGGGAUUCACUCUGUCAUCUCAUCUGAAGGAACAUCAGCGAGUUCACACUGGGGAGAGGCCAUUCACCUGCUCAGUCUGUGGGAAGGGAUUCACUUCGUCAACUCCACUGAAGGUACAUCAACGAGUUCACACUGGAGAGAGACCAUUCACCUGUUCAGACUGUGGGAAGGGAUUCACUUUGUCAGCUGAUCUACUGAGACACCAGUCAGUUCACAGCGGAGAGUGGCCAUUCACCUGCUCGGACUGUGGGAAGGGAUUCACUUGCUCAUCUAAACUGAAGGUACAUCAGCGAGUUCACACUGGGUAAAGGCCGUUCACCUGGUCAGACUUUGGAAAGAGAUUCUCUCAGCCAAAUCAACCAAAUGUGCAUCAUUGAGUUCACAUUGGGGAGAGGCCAUUCACCUGCUGUGAACGUGGGAAGCGAUUCACUCAGUCAUCUAACUUUACGUAACACUCGCUUCGGCUAGCAGCUUAAUAUAGGGGGUGAUAGACCACUCCCCAACCCGGCCAAACUUAAGAAAUCUGAUUUGGGUGGAUGCAGUGUGAUGUGUCCCCGAUACAAAUUAGUAGCAUGAAAUAACAAACAGUACACAGUAUGUGAUUAAACGAUUGUGCUUUAUAAUUCUUAUUUUGACUAUAGAGUUAGUGAAGAAAACAAAAAAAAGAAAAAGGGCCCAGUCCCUGCAUUCACAUCUUCUCAUCUCUCCCUGGCAAAAGACCGCGAAUGCCUUUCUUCUCGACUCACAAAAAAGAACAUUUUUGUCAUUGAAUAGCCCUGCACGCUGAAACCCUGUUAUCUCUAGUCAUAACCUAUACAUUGCUGCUCCAGAGAAACCAUUACCUCAGCAGUGAAACAUUACAGAGAGGCCAUUACAUUAGCAGUGAAACCUUGCGGUGUGUUGCACUUGUGACACACUAUCGGGUUCAAUAAGAGAAAAUUUCAAUAUGCUGCAUGCUGGAUAUUUGUACAUCACCAUUGCUGAAUGCAAUUUUGAGAGAGACUGUUGGUGCUGAGCUCUGCAAUUAUUUCUGCUGCUCACCACACCUUGUUCUGCACCCUGGCCACUGUGCAUGGGAGGAGUACUUUCUGCUGCACAUUCACCUUUGAUGGGACUGGAGUUCAAUAUUCUGGACCUGAGACAAAUAAAUCAAUUCUGUUUUAAACUCUG